AUGCGCCCAAAGGAGCUUGGGCAGAGCUGUGCUGGGGACCGGCCAAGGCCUGGACUCAGACCCGGGGACCCCGCAGCGGUCGCCUCUGCACCCCGGCCCGCGGCCAGUCCAGCUCCAGAGCCCUCGGCCGAGUCCAAACCUGCUCCCGCGCAGGCACCGGGGGUUGGACAGGGAGCAGGAUCCGGAUCCCGAUUCGUCUCAGAAGCCCCCACCGGAGCUCGUCCGGCCUCUGAGGCUGGAGCCAAGGGGAAUGCCCAGCCUAGGCCCGACACGUCGGACGCACCAUGGACUCGUUUCGUAUUCCAAGGGCCCUUUGGUCCCCGGGCCACUGGCUUGGGGACUGGAAAGGCAGCGGGCAUCUGGAAGACGCCGGCCGCCUAUAUUGGCCGGCGGCCCGGGGUGUCCGGCCCUGAGCGCGCCGCCUUUAUCCGGGAGCUAGAGGAAGCACUGUGCCCUAACCUGCCUCGGACAGUUAAGAAGAUCACUCCAGAAGACAUCAAAGUGAUGUUGUACUUGCUGGAGGAGCAUUACCCAUGAGUGAUGGUUCCUCUGCAGAGAGAGCGGGACCUGAGUACAGCAGCUCGCAUCGGCCAGUCUUUGGUGAAACAGAACAGCAUUUUGAUGGAGCAGAACAGCAAGCUGGAAGCCAUGCUGGGCUCAGCCAGGGAAGAGAUUUUACAUCUCAGACACCAGGUGAACCUGAGAGAUGAUCUCCUUCAGCUUUACUCAGACUCUGAUGACGAUGAGGAUGAGGAGGAGGAUGAAGAAGAAGAGGAGGAGGAAGAAGAAGAGGAACAGGAGGAAGAACAGCAGCACGAUCAGGCCUAUGAUGUUCCUAAGCCGGCUUGUCAGAAAGAGCCACUGCACUAUUGCCCGCAGCUGGAGGCCCUGCAGAAGAGGCUGAGGGUGCUGGAGGAGGAGAACGACCAGCUGAGAGAGGAGGCCUCUCAACUCGACACUCUGGAGGAUGAGGAGCAGAUGCUUAUUCUGGAAUGUGUGGAGCAAUUUUCGGAGGCCAGCCAGCAGAUGGCCGAGCUGUCAGAGGUGUUAGUACUCAGGCUGGAAAACUAUGAGCGGCAGCAGAAGGAGGUCACCCAGCUUCAGGCCCAGGUCGUGAAGCUACAGCGGCGCUGCCAGUCGUAUGGGGCUGAAACUGAAAAGUUGCAGCAGCAACUGGCUUCAGAGAAAGAAAUCCAGAUGCAACUCCAAGAAGAGCAUGCACUUACUGGUUUCCAGGAGACUCUUGCUGAGGAGCUCAGAACAUCUUUGCGGAGGGUUAUCUCAGAUCCUGUGUAUUUCACGCAGAGGAAUUAUGGAAGGCCUAGAGGGGAGACAUCAAACUUGAGAUACAUUCAUCGAUACAGUGAGGAACAAGAGCAGGAACAGGGAUUCGAGGCUGAGGAGGAGUUGAUGCCGGGGGAAGAUUUCGUGCCUGCAGAGGGGCUGGUACCCGAGGAGGAGCUGGGGGCCACAGAGGAGGUGGCAGCUGAGGAAGGGCUGAUGGAUGAAGGAGAGCUGGUGUCCGAGGAGACUGAGGCCUGGGAGGAGGUGGAGCCAGAGCUGGAUGAGGUCACUCGAAUGAACCUGGUGACAUCAGCCCUGGAGGCCAGCGGCUUGGGCCCUUCACACCUGGAUAUGAAGUAUGUGCUCCAGCAACUGACCAACUGGCAGGAUGCCCAUUACAGGCGGCAGCUGAGACAGAAAGUGCUCCAGAAAGGUGAGUGCUCCCGUGGGAGCCUCACUCCGGCCAGCCAGACAAGCUGCAGGUUGUCAAGCCGAUAAUAGGUGGAUGAAAGGUGAGGGUAGGUGAGCUCCCAUGG